AUGGCCACUCCUACUCUAACCUUCACGAGCUCCGACGGCGUUGACAUCCCUGUCGAACGUGAUGUCGCCGAACGCUCGCAGCUCAUUAAGAACAUGCUCGAAGACUUGGGUGAAACUGGAGAGCCCAUUCCUAUCCCCAACGUCAACGAAGCCGUUCUGAAGAAGGUCAUUGAAUGGUGCACCCAUCAUAAGAACGACCCUCCCAGCACCGGCGAUGACGAUGAUUCCCGCCGCAAGACUACGGAUAUCGACGAGUGGGAUCAGAAGUUCAUGCAGGUUGAUCAGGAAAUGCUUUUCGAAAUAAUUCUGGCCGCCAACUACCUUGACAUUAAGGGACUACUUGAUGUUGGCUGCAAGACCGUUGCGAAUAUGAUCAAGGGCAAGUCUCCUGAGGAGAUUCGUAAGACCUUCAAUAUCCAGAACGAUUUUACACCCGAGGAGGAGGAUCAGAUUCGUCGCGAGAAUGAAUGGGCAGAGGACCGCUAA